AUGCAGUGUCUGGGGAUCCAGCAAUGCUACCCCCUCUCCACGGAGUUCUACCUGGAGGAGCAGGACCUCGAGGUGGUAGCACUCAAUGAGCAGAGGCUGGGCCUGCAGAAUGACGAGGACCUGCACGUACUGCUGAAAGGCAGUCACCUUCUCAAGGUGAAGUCCAGCUCCUGGCGGCGAGAGCGCUUCUAUAAGCUGCAGGAAGACUGCAAGACCAUCUGGCAGGAGUCCCGCAAGGUCAUGCGGAACCCAGAGUCCCAGAUGUUCUCCAUUGAGGACAUCCAGGAGGUGCGGCAGGGCCACCGCACCGCCGGCCUGGAGAAGUACGCUCGUGAUGUGCCUGAGGACCGCUGCUUCUCUAUCGUCUUCAAAGACCAGCGCAACACACUGGACCUCAUCGCCCCGUCGGCGGCUGACGCCCAACACUGGGUGCAGGGACUGUGCAAGAUCAUCUACCACACGAGCUCCAUGGACCAGAGUCAGAAGCUGCAGCACUGGAUUCACUCCUGCCUUCGCAAAGCUGACAAAAACAAGGAUAACAAGAUGAGCUUCAAAGAGCUGCAGAUCUUCCUGAAGGAGCUCAAUAUUCAGGUGGACGACAGUUACGCCUGGAGGAUCUUUAGGGAAUGUGACUUCUCCCAGACGAACUCCCUGGAGGACGAGGAGAUUGAGGCCUUCUACAAGAUGCUGACCCAGCGGCAGGAAAUUGACCAGAUUUUCUUCGAAGCCACAGGCUCGGAGGAGACCAUGUCGGUGGACCAGCUGGUGACCUUCCUGCACCAUGAGCAGCAGGAGGAAGCUGCGGGACCCGCACUGGCCCUCUCCCUCAUCGAGCGCUAUGAGCCCAGUGAAAAGGCCAGGACUCAACGGCAGAUGACCAAGGAUGGCUUCCUCAUGUACCUCCUGUCAGCGGAUGGCAGUGCCUUCAACCUGGCGCAUAGGAAAGUCUACCAGGACAUGAACCAGCCGCUCAGCCACUACCUUGUCUCGUCCUCACACAACACCUACCUGAUGGAGGACCAGCUCACCGGGCCCAGCAGCACAGAAGCCUACAUCAGGGCCCUGUGUAAAGGCUGCCGCUGCGUGGAGCUUGACUGCUGGGACGGGCCCAACCAGGAACCGAUCAUCUACCACGGCUACACCUUAACCUCCAAGAUCUUAUUUAGUGAUGUGCUCAGAGCCAUCCGGGACUAUGCCUUCAAGGCCUCCCCCUACCCCGUCAUCCUGUCCCUGGAGAACCACUGCAGUCUGGAGCAGCAGCGAGUGAUGGCGCGGCACUUGAGGACCUUCCUGGGCAACUUUCUGCUGGACCAGCAGCUGGACGGUGUCAACAGCAGCCUGCCUUCCCCCGAGCAACUGAAGGGGAAGAUCCUGCUGAAGGGAAAGAAGGUUGGGGGGCUACUGCCCCGUGAAGGGGAAGGUAAUACCGAGGUCACUGUGGUGUCAGAUGAAGAUGAAGCUGCGGAGAUGGAGGACGAGGCGGUCCGGAGCCAAACCCAGAACAAACCCAAGGAGAGCAAACUCAACCUAGCCAUGGAACUUUCCAACAUGGUCAUUUACUGCAAGAGCGUCCACUUCGAGGGCUUUGCCAGGCCCGGCGGCCACAAACAGGCUUUCUAUGAGAUGGCAUCCUUCUCAGAGAACCGCGCCUCCCGACUGGUCCAAGAGUCAGGAAACAACUUCGUCCUUCACAACGUGGCCCACCUGAGCAGAAUCUACCCCGCCAGCUGGAGGACGGAUUCCUCCAACUACAACCCCGUGGACAUGUGGAAUGCAGGCUGCCAGAUCGUGGCCCUGAACUUUCAGACCCCUGGGCUGGAGAUGGACUUGUACCAAGCUCGCUUCCAGGACAACGGGGCCUGUGGGUACGUGCUGAAACCUGCCUUCCUGCGAGACCCCAGCUCCACCUUCAACCCACGUGCGCUGACCCGGGGGCCCUGGUGGACUGAGAAGCGGCUCACUGUCAGAGUCAUCUCGGGGCAGCAACUUCCAAAAGUCAACAAGAGCAAAAAUUCCAUUGUGGACCCCAAGGUGAUAGUGGAGAUCCACGGGGUGGCCCAGGACGCGGGCAGCCAGCAGACCGGCGUGGUCACCAAUAAUGGCUUCAACCCUAGGUGGGACUCCGAGUUUGAGUUUACUGUGUCUGUACCCGAGCUCGCCUUCAUCCGCUUCAUGGUGGAGGAUUACGACCUGUCUUCUAAGAAUGAUUUUGUUGGACAGAGUACCAUCCCCUUGAACAACCUCAAGCAAGGAUACCGCCAUGUCCACCUCUUGUCCAAGAAUGGAGACCAGUAUCCAUCCGCCACCCUCUUUGUGAAGAUCUCCUUCCGGGACUAG